AUGACCACUAAACAUAAUUUACUAUCUCAAUUCAAGGAACAAUUAACAGAAGCAGCUAAAAGUUUCAUUCGUCAAGAGCGAUCAUUUCAAAAAACUCGUAAUGAGAAAAUCACAGAUUUAAAUAAACUUCAACCCGGUGAUCAUGUUAGUUUUUAUAAAACGGAUUUCUAUUAUGCUCAUCAUGGUAUUGUUUGUGAAGCACGUACAAAUUAUCUUCGUGUUAUACAUUAUUUUAAUACAUUCGAAAAUGCACGAACUGCUUUAAUGAAAGGUUCAGUUUAUAUAGCUGCAAUAAUUGAAAGUGAAUGGCCAGUUAAUAUAAAAAGUACAAGUGAAGAUGUUUAUUUACAUCAUUAUGAUAAUAUUCCAUGUUUUUCAAAUGAAGAAACAUUAAAACGAGCUUUUUCACAACUUGGUAAACGUGGAUAUUCAUUAUUAGGAAAUAAUUGUGAACAUUGGGCUCGAUGGUGUCGAACAGGCGAACAUUAUUCUGAACAAGUAUAUAAACUUCGUGGAUUAAUGAAAGAAAAAUCUACAACUUUAUUAAUUAUUGAUCCAACAGCUUUACUUGUUAAAGAUGUUGCUAUGGUUGGUGUACGAACAUUUGGACAAUUUUUAAGUGCUGUUGGAUCAGGUGUUAUAUUAACAGCUGUAGAAAGUAUAUCAGCAUUUAUUGAUAUAAAAAAGAAAAAAAAUGAAAGAAAAAAAGGAACUUUAAGUGAUGUUGCACUUAAGAAAUAUGUUGUUCGACGAAUUACAUCAGCAUCAACAACGGUUGUUGGUGGUACAGCGGGCACUAUUGUUGGUACAAUACUUAUUCCAGUUCCAAUACUUGGUACUUUUGCUGGUGGAUUUCUUGGUAGUGUUGGUGGAAAAUUUAUUGGUGGAAUAUCUGGAAUUGCUUUGUCAAAAAUUCUUGAAGUUUACGAAAAAACUAAAGAAUCAAAAAUAAAAAAAAUGUCUGCGGUUCCACAAUUAAUGAAAAAUUUGUCACCUGAAAGUGAAAUUAUUCGUGGUUUAAUAGCAGUGGUACUUGAACGUGAAGAAGAAAAACAGAUUUCAAAUGUUGUUGAAGAAGCUAUGAAUUCAGAUUCUUCAAAACUUUAUCCGUCAUUAGAAGAAUUUACAUGUAAUAAUCCAAAUAUAACACCAGAAAAAUGUCAAGCAGCAGCACGAUUAACAACUACAUUAUUUACGGAUUCAAAUUCAUUUGAUUAUUUUAUAUUAACACCAAUACCAGAUGAUAAUGCACCAGAAGAAUUUGCUUCAUCAACUGAUUUAUUAUUACUUCGAUGGCCUAUAGGCACAAUAAAACCAUGGGAAUCCAACGGAGAACAAGUUUUAGAUAUUGAUGAUUCAAAUUUAAAUGAAUAG